CAUUUCUCCCAGAACACCUCAGUCGCCUGCGCGAUAAUGAGGCUCACGAGAAACUUGACGACCUCCUUGCUCAGAUCCUUCGAUGGCGCGUGAAGGAAGUUCUCCGUGAUGGGAGGACCGGUUCUGGGAAAUAGCAAUAGAGGAGUGUGUUGAGGCGAUUUGAAAAAGGAUCGAGGCCUUCUCGUAUGCGAUCGAUGUCUGCGUGAAACGUAGUUCCAGAAGCUCGAGCUGACCGAAGUACUUGUAAAGUAGAUCUUUGGCUGUCAAGUCACUACCAGCCCCGCGAACGGCAUCCUGGCGGCAACGUUGGAGGGAGGCGCACUCUGCAGCGUAGCUGUCUGGAUUCUCGCCGUAAGACUGGGCUAUUAGGUUUCGGAUCGGAGUCGUCCAGUCGACCUCUUCCGUGGUCUUCCGAGGAAUCGAUAUCAUAGGUGUUUGGGACAUGAUAGCUGGCAAGGAGCGAUAGCGCAGCACCGAGUGUCCGGAGUGCCUGUCGAUGAUGCGGUGAUUGAUCCUAUUUGUAAGUGAUUGGGCCGAUGAAAAAAUCAGCCCUCGUUUUGACUUCAUCUCUCAGACAUGGCAUUUGGUGAAUCUGGUGGACGUGGCGGUUUUUCACGCGGCGGGGGACGAGGACGUGGCGGAGGAGGUGAUCGGGGAGGAAGAGGCGGUCGUGGAGGACCAGGUGGGUUCCGGGGUGGUGGACGAGGCGGAGGUGUACGUGGAGGCGGCGUCACGGCUCGAGGUGGUCGCGGUGGAUUUGGAGGUGGUCGCGGAGCUGGAGGCCGGGGUGGUCGCGGUGGAGGUCGAGGUGGAGGCCGGGGUGGGGCGAAGGGCGGGUCUAAUACCGUGCUUGAGCCUCAUCGUCAUCCUGGAAUCUUUAUUGCCAAAGGCAAGGAGCACAUGUUGGUCACUAAGAACCUAGUUCCGGGAGAGUCGGUGUACGGCGAAAAACGCAUAUCCAUUGACGGCGGCGUUGAAGGCACAAAAAUCGAAUAUCGGGUCUGGAAUCCCUUCCGAAGCAAGCUCGCCGCCGGCGUUCUCGGUGGGCUGGAACACAUCUUCAUUCAACCCGGAAAGAAGGUGCUAUAUCUGGGUGCAGCGAGCGGGACCAGUGUCAGUCAUGUUGCAGACAUUGUUGGACCGGAGGGAGUUGUCUAUGCAGUCGAAUUCUCCGCGCGCUCAGGCCGUGACUUGAUAAACAUGGCCAAAAAGCGGACUAAUGUCAUUCCUAUCGUCGAGGAUGCUCGCCUACCGAACAAAUAUCGCAUGCUCAUUUCCACUGUGGAUGUGAUCUUUGCAGAUGUUGCCCAACCUGACCAGGCACGUAUUGUUAUGCACAAUGCGAGGAGUUUCCUGCGAGAUGGUGGUCACGUGGUGAUUUCCAUCAAAGCAAGUUGUAUCGACUCAGUCGCACCGGCAGACGUGGUCUUCGCGUCUGAAGUCCAAAAGCUCAAAGAGGGUCAGUUCAAGCCCAUCGAGCAAGUCACUCUCGAGCCUUAUGAGCGUGACCAUGCCAUGGUAUCAGCCCAAUACCGACGGCACAUAGUUUGAAGCCUUUUCAUUACCUCUCGUAGACAUUUGUUGUAUCUAAUACCUUUUUUGAUGCUCUCCCCACAUUUUGGUGUGGUCUUUGUGUCAAGGGAACCCUGUCGAAGGCCCUCGAAGGUUCAAGAUCAUUCCCGAUUUAGUAUAUAGGUCUCGCACAGUAUUUUUUCGAGCAUCGCCACCCACAACUGCACCAUUUUUCCUUCUCCCUCAUGGCUGUCGUCGGAAUCGAUUUUGGAUCGCUACACAGUAAAAUCGGUGUCGCGAGACACCGGGGUAUCGACAUUAUCACAAAUGAAGUCUCCAACCGCGCAACUCCGUGGGUGCUGUCUCUUUCUGCUCAUCAGCCUCAGUUCAACCGCCCGUAUUUCAGUUCACUAGUUGCCUUUGGUCCCAAGCAGAGGUCGAUCGGAGAAUCAGCAAAGACACAAGAAACCUCCAAUUUCAAAAAUACCAUCGGUUCCCUGAAGCGAUUGAUCGGUCGCACUCUCAAUGACUCCGAAAUCCAGAACGUCGAGAAAAAGUACCUGAAUGCUGCUCUUGUUGAUGUCGAGGGGACUGUGGGCGUUCAGGUCAACUACGUCGGCGAGCGUCAAAGCUUCUCUGCUACUCAACUCGUUGGCAUGUAUCUCGGCAAGUUGCGUGAUAUCGCUGCCAAUGAGCUCAAGACUGGAGUAACGGACGUGGUCAUCGCAGUCCCGGGAUGGUUCGCGGACAUUCAGCGACGUGCUCUGCUCGACGCAGCUGCGAUUGCGGGUCUCAACCCCCUGCGUUUGAUCAACGAUACCACCGCCGUGGCAUUGGGCUAUGGAAUCACGAAAUCCGACCUGCCUGAGGAAGAUGCCCCCCGGCAUGUCAUCUUUGUCGAUGUUGGUCACUCCAGUUUGUCGGCAUCCGUCGUAGGGUUCUCUAAGGGUCAACUUGUGGUCAAAAGCUCUGCAUAUGAUCACAACCUUGGUGGUCGUGACAUCGACUUCGCCUUGGUCCGGCACUUCUCCGAGGAGUUCAAGACCAAGUACAAGAUCGAUGUGCUUUCGAACCCAAAGGCGACCUUCCGACUUGCUGCUGCUUGUGAGAAGCUCAAGAAAGUGCUUUCAGCGAACGCAGAGUCGCCACUCAAUGUGGAGUCAAUCAUGAACGACAUCGAUGCUUCGUCCAAGCUUACAAGAGAAGCGCUCGAGGAGCUCGUUGCUCCCGUUCUCGCCCGGAUCACAGCUCCGCUCCAGCGCGUCUUGGCCGACUCUGGGUUGACUUUGGAUCAAAUUGACGCGAUCGAGCUUGUCGGUGGUUCGACCCGUGUCCCGGCUGUCCGUGCUCGGAUCCAGGAGGUAUUCCCCGGGAAAGUCCUGUCGACGACGCUCAAUCAGGACGAAGCUAUUGCCCGUGGGGCGACUUUCGCGUGUGCUAUGCUAUCUCCCAUCUUCCGCGUUCGCGAUUUCCACAUGCAGGAUGUGGCCCACUAUCCAAUCAAGGUUCAAUGGACGUCGUCGCCCUCCGAUCCAGACGAGGACACAGAACUCGUCGUAUUCAACAAUGGUGACAAAAUGCCUUCUACCAAGGUUCUGUCUUUCUACCGGAAAGACACCUUCGACCUCGAGGCCGUGUAUGCCGACCCAGCUGGCUUACCCGGGACAAUCAACCCAUUCAUCAGUCGUAUCACAGUGAAGGAGGUGCCGGCUGAUCCCAAGGGCGACUCGACCUGUGUUCGUGUGAAGACGCGGCUGAACCAGCAUGGAAUUGUGUCUUUCGAAGGGGCCUACAUCGAGGAAGUUGAAGAGAGAGACGAGCCUGUUGCCAUGGACAUUGACCCUGCUACCGAGGGCGCCACUCCACCUCAGCCCAAGAAGAAACGGGUCAAGAAGAAAGAGAUUGCAUUCUUCACAGCCUCCGCUUCGUUGGACCCUGCCGUUGUGCAGAGUCUUCGUGAGCAGGAAAAUUCGAUGCACGCCGCAGACAAACUCGUAACCGAUACUGAGGACCGUAAAAAUGCACUCGAAGAAUAUGUCUACGACACUAGGGGCAAACUAGACGAACGGUUUGCCCCGUACGUCAAGGCUGACGAGAAGGCCAAGCUCCUCGUAGCUCUGCAGGAGGCUGAAGACUGGCUGUACACCGAAGAGGGUGAAGAUGCCUCCAAAUCGGCAUACGUCUCUCGUUUGGACGCCCUCAAAGCGCUCGGGGAUCCAAUCACCUUCCGAUUCCGGGAGGCCGAGACUCGUCAGAGCGCGAUUGCUCAGCUCCGAGAGACCCUGAACACAUAUAUGUCACAGGCUACCUCGGGUGAUGAGAAGUACUCUCACAUCGAGCAGAAGGACAAGGACAGCGUCGUUGAGAAAGUUGCCACUGUCCAGAAAUGGCUUGAGGAUCAGAUCGUUCGCCAGGCUGAGGCCCCGAAAAACGUCGAGCCCAUUCUCAAGAGCGCCGACAUCGGCAAGAAACGCGACGAGGUCAUCUACUUUGCGACGCCGAUAAUGACCAAGCUGAAGCCUAGAAUCCCUGGCGGAACAUCCGGCACCGAGACUCCCAAGAACGAGCCCGAACCUACUCCCAAGCCAGACAGUGAGGCCCCUGGUCCUUCGGAGAUGGACAUAGAUUAGAUCACACCUAAGUACGACACGGUUGUUUGAUUAGAUGAAUCCAUUGUAUUUUUCUGUACACCCCGAACCAAUCGACGUGUCACACCUCGUGUGACACACUGCUCAGAUUCUGAGUUUUGAC